AUGUUUCGCACUGUCGAGGACCGACCAACCCCAGAGGAGGUGUACAACUGGCGGCUGUACACCGAGGCGACGAUAAUCGCCACGGGCUCGCUGCUGUUUGGCUAUGAUUCAGCCUUCAUCGGAACGACCAUUGCCCGGCAGAGCUUCGUGGAUGCCUUCAACAUCACUAAGUCCGAGGCUGCUGAUAUCUCGAGCAACAUCACGUCCACUUUCCAGGCCGGCGCUUUUUUUGGCGCAAUCUUCUGCUUUCUAUUAACCGAGAAGAUCGGACGGAAAUGGGCUCUGCAGGCGAAUACGCUUCUGUUCCUGGUCGGAGCGAUUAUCAUGACGGCUGCCACCCAUCAACUAUCGUAUAUCUACGCAGGACGCGCACUGACCGGCAUCGCCUGCGGCGCAAUCACAGCAACAGUCCCAAGCUACAUCGCCGAGCUAUCCAUCGUAUCAAUCCGGGGCAUCCUCACCGGCUUCUUCGAAGUUUCAUACCAAAUCGGCAGCCUGGUGGGCUUCUGGAUUAAUUACGGAAUCAACCAGAACAUGGACAACUCCUCGAUGGCGAGUUGGAGAGCCCCGAUGGCAGUCCAGAUCAUCCCAGCCGGCGUCCUCUUGCUCGGGGGACUCGUCCUCCACGAGAGCCCUCUAUGGUUGAUGCGUAAGAACCGAGAGGAUGAUGCAGCGACUGCGCUGGAGGUGCUGAGGAAGUUACCCCGGUCGCAUCAGUACGUACAGGAAGACAUCGAGAUGAUCCGCUCCAGGCUCCAGGACGAGGCGCGCAUUGCAGCCAAGUACGGCCAUGGCUCGUGGGCGUACUUCCGGGGCGCUCUAUACGAGCUCUCGCGGCAUGGGAUGUGGAAUCGCGUGCUGCUGGUGUGGUGUGCCUUUGUGCUGCAGAAUAUGUCCGGCGCUGCAGCGAUCAACUACUACUCUCCGACGCUAUUUGCCUCGCUAGGCAUCACUGAUGUCGCGCUGUAUACUGGAAUCUACGGCCUGGUGAAAGCGGUCGCGUCGAUCAUUUUCUACGGCGUGCUCAUUGACAUCUGGGGGCGUCGACGGCCGACUAUCAUCUCGUCCCUUGCCUGCUCGCUUUGUCUCUGGUUCGUGGGUGCGUAUGUCAAGGUCGGUCAUCCAGCCGAUAUCAUCGACGCGGGGGCCGAGUUGUCGCCGUCCACAGAGGCAGGGGGUAAAGCAGCAACGGCGAUGAUCAUGAUCUACUCGGUUUUCUGGUCCUUUGGCCUCAAUGGGAUUCCGUGGAUUGUAUCGGCGGAGAUCUUCCCAGGUGCACUGCGAAACCUGACAGGAACAUGGGCUGCACUAGUGCAAAGGUUAAUCCAGUUCGUCAUCACCAAGGCGCUGCCCUACAUCUUCAACCGCUUCGGGUACGGCACCUGGUUCUUUUUCGCCUCGUGGAUGAUGCUGGCUACCUUGUGGUCAUUCUUCUUCCUCCCAGAGACAAAGGGGCGAACUCUCGACGAGAUGGAUGCCAUUUUUGGAUACGAGGCCGGGCAUUCGUCCAGCAGCCAACAGUCCAAGAUCGUCCCACUCGGCACAGCAGGUCUCGAUGGCCGCGAAGGGACAGUUUAG